AUGACUUGCCACGAUGAGGAUGGCAGUAACAAGCAUGAUGCGGAAAACAUCCUUAUCACGCAAACCCUUCAUUAUGGAAAAAUAUCUCUUCCAAUCAACCUAUGCUUCUACAGUCCCUUCUGGAACAACCCCCCGCGUGAGAUAACACUCAAAUUUCGAACACCGACAUCAGCCGAGAUAUCUGGGGAAUCUCUUCAGUCUCUCUUGAACUUUCGAUGGGGUUAUAUCGUUAACUGUGGCGAUGUGGACAUCCAAGAAGGUAGUGGGAGACCAAAAGGGCGACCGGUACCAGAAGACACUCCUCCUGCGCCACUGAGAACUCCUCUCGUACGCAAUGACGAUAACGACAAUGAAAACAAGCAUAAUACCCGCAGUAUGCUCUUUACAACAAGAUUCAACUAUGGACAAUUCUCUAUUUCGAUCAACUAUUGCUUCUAUGACUCCUUCUGGAAUACAAACCCGCAUGAGAUAACAAUCCAACUUCAAACACCGACCAAAACCGUCAUCUCUGAAGAAUCUUUUCAGUCACUCUGCAACCGGAUCUGGGGUUAUAUUAUCCACUGCGUUGAUGUGGACGUCCGGGAAAGUAUUGGAGAAAAAGAAGGUUGGAAGCGCAACCUUUGUCUCGUUUGGAAGAUCAUGGCUAUUAUCACCAUGAUAUCUUUCAUCUACAGGUUCUUUCCCGAAACAGUUAGAACGGUCUAUGUCCAACCACCGUUUGAUACUGCUGCUCUACCUACCCUAGACGAGUAUGCUCAUAUUCUCAACCAAGAAAUCAUCAUCGCAAGGGAAUAUGUGCCUAUGCAAAGACUGUCUCUGCGCCGCCAAGACGUAAUUGUCGACGAGGUGUGCGACGAAAUUCGGAAAAAGGGCGGCUUCUGGGAUAAGCAUCAUGGUUUACGUCUAGAACCAUGGGAACACACGUUAUACCGUGAGGAGUAUGGCAUACCCCCCGGUGCCACAGAUAUCGUCGACUUAUGCCAGAAUAUAACCCGGGGCCUACACGCUGUGGAAUCAUCGUUUUCCAGGACCAUGCACAGUAUCGCUUAUGGACUGCCGUCUGAUUUUACUAUGGUUUUCUUGAAAACUGCUACAUACUUGACGCUGUGGUUUCCCAAGAGCGACACCUGUGUCGGCAAUGGAGAGGGAAGGUCUUGUGAUCCUUUGGGGACGGAUUGGCUUGAUAUAUUUCGGUGGGAGAUAUUGCAAAAUGGGAUCGAAGCCGGAACGAGGGAUUUGAUGAAAGAUAUGGAUAAAUUGGAUAAAGACUUCAAACGUGCCUUGGAGAAUCUGGAUCUUCUGAUCAGUAUCGCUUCACAUCUUCAGCAGACACCCUCAUGGUUCGAACUUUUUCGCCGCAAAACUCAUAUCGACAAACAGAUCGAACAGCUUCAACAGUUUCACUACAACGUAACUCAGAUGUCAACCAAAGUGUCUAGCUUCAUUGAUACACAAACUAAUAUCCUUGACCAAGAAGCAUUUUUCACGGAAUGGUUGUCAUCUCUUAUCUUGUGGUCACAAACUCACCGUUCGCCAUACAAAAGUCCAUCUCACCUCAAUAACAACACAAUUCAUACAAAUCCAUGGGCGAUAUGGAGGCCCAGGGAAGAGAACGGGAAUUGGUGCACUGUACCUAGAUGUCCAGAGCCAAACGCUGAUGGGGAUAAUGUGCUAGUGAAGUUGGUGCCCCCGAGUGCUGAACAGGCGUAUGGGUACAUGUAUGAGUUUCUGGAGUUUGGGAAUAAGGUGAAGAAGGAAUUGAGAGCAAGAGUUACGAGUUGGCAGAAGAGAGCCUGA